AUGGUACACUUCUCACCUCCCAGUCCUCCCUGGUUCUCGCUCUCGGCCUUGUCGCUGCAGGAUUCGCAAGAUUGGAAGUCGUCGCUCUGGCUUCGGGAGUCGUCCUCCGUGAGAGCGCUUUCCACAGACGCGGAGUCAUGGAGCUCCGGGAACGUCUCCUUCAGCUCCUCAGAGGAGGCAGAGAGGAGUGAGGAGCAGGCAGAGGAGGCAGAGAGGAGUGAGGAGCAGGAAGAGGAGGCAGAGAGGAGUGAGGAGCAGGAAGAGGAGGCAGAGAGGAGUGAGGAGCAGGCAGAGGAGGCAGAGAGGAGUGAGGAGCAGGAAGAGGAGGCAGAGAGGAGUGAGGAGCAGGAAGAGGAGGCAGAGAGGAGCAGAGAGGAGGCAGAGAGGAGUGAGGAGCAGGCAGAGGAGGCAGAGAGGAGUGAGGAGCAGGAAGAGGAGGCAGAGAGGAGUGAGGAGCAGGAAGAGGAGGCAGAGAGGAGUGAGGAGCAGGCAGAGGAGGCAGAGAGGAGUGAGGAGCAGGAAGAGGAGGCAGAGAGGAGUGAGGAGCAGGAAGAGGAGGCAGAGAGGAGUGAGGAGCAGGCAGAGGAGGCAGAGAAGAGUGAGGAGCAGGAAGAGGAGGCAGAGAGGAGUGAGGAGCAGGAAGAGGAGGCAGAGAGGAGUGAGGAGCAGGCAGAGGAGGCAGAGAGGAGUGAGGAGCAGGAAGAGGAGGCAGAGAGGAGUGAGGAGCAGGAAGAGGAGGCAGAGAGGAGUGAGGAGCAGGAAGAGGAGGCAGAGAGGAGUGAGGAGCAGGAAGAGGAGGCAGAGAGGAGUGAGGAGCAGGAAGAGGAGGCAGAGAGGAGUGAGGACCAGGAAGAGGAGGCAGAGAGGAGUGAGGAGCAGGAAGAGGAGGCAGAGAGGAGUGAGGAGCAGGAAGAGGAGGCAGAGAGGAGUGAGGAGCAGGAAGAGGAGGCAGAGAGGAGUGAGGACCAGGAAGAGGAGGCAGAGAGGAGUGAGGAGCAGGAAGAGGAGGCAGAGAGGAGUGAGGAGCAGGAAGAGGAGGCAGAGAGGAGUGAGGACCAGGAAGAGGAGGCAGAGAGGAGUGAGGACCAGGAAGAGAGGAGGAAGAGAGGAGUGAGGAGCAGGAAGAGGAGGCAGAGAGGAGUGAGGAGCAGGAAGAGGAGGCAGAGAGGAGUGAGGAGCAGGAAGAGGAGGCAGAGAGGAGUGAGGAGCAGGAAGAGGAGGCAGAGAGGAGUGAGGACCAGGAAGAGGAGGCAGAGAGGAGUGAGGACCAGGAAGAGGAGGCAGAGAGGAGGGAUCAGGUUUAACAAAAACUAA